AUGCAUACUGGCGGCAGUGGGGAUAAUUCCAGCAGCAGUGGGGGCGGCGACAGCCGGAGUAGUUUGAUGAUCAUUGUCUACAGCAUUGUGGGGGUCGUCACGGCUCUUACCCUCGUUAUCGUUAUCAGGGGCGCUGCCCAUGCUCAUCGGUAUCCAGAGAGAUGUGGACCUAGCCGGACGACAGGCCUUCAAAGACAGAGUAAAGCGCGAGGUCUAGCAAGCAUCUUGCUAUAUACUCUUCCGAUCGUCAAAUUCGGCGAGAUCAACGGUGUUGAUGUUUCCAAGAGGGAUAUCGAGAUGCCUAUGGACUCUGAGGACCUUGCCCAGAAGUACUUCAUAUAUCUGGAAAAUCUCGAGGCCGGCCAAACAACGACCCCGGCGCCUGCAUUUUCGAUCAAUAAGAAUACCGAUCAACGUAUAAAGGCCGAUGCCGCCCCUGGAGCGGGCAACUCCUCCUGUCCUAUCUGCACUGAUGACUUCUUUGAUGGCCAGGAUAUGCGUGCCCUACCCUGCAGCCACCAGUUCCACCCGGACUGUGUUGACCCGUGGCUUGUAAAUGUUUCGGCCACUUGCCCCCUCUGCCGGGUGGACGUCAACAUCUCUACAAGCGAAGAGAGCAAUGCCAAGCACGCCAGCGAAAACGCUGAAAAUACGGGAGAAUCUCUAGCUGACUGCAAGUCCACUACAACUGAUGAUACAAGAUGGCCAUACCACCGUUUGACAAACUACCUGCAGGGUAGGCACGAUGGCGACGAUACGAGAACUAUUGCAUAUGGCGCCGCGCAUCUCAAUUGUAAUCGCCUCACCCAGCAACUCGGUGAGGGGCGUCGAACUCGCACUCCUGCUCACGGCGAGGUCUUCAGUCCGAGUGAAAGCGAUACCUCGAUGCUGAUGGUCCCAGCGCCUGCACACAUUUCUCCACCUCACUAG